AAUAACGAUAUUAAUUAAACAAAAUUGCAGUUAUCUAAAUGAAUAAUAAAAUAUAUAAAGUUUUUAAACAAUUUGUGACAUCUAUAACAAAGCAUAACCUUAAAAAUAAUUCAGUAAACAAAAUCGUUGAAAUGUCAUCCAAACGAAUGCAUCCUUCCACACAGUCUACUAGUAAUGAAUUUCAAAUUUAUCCAGAUUCAGCUGUUGGCAGUUCUAACUGUGAUUUUAGUCCAAGCAGAAGUGAACAAAACAUUCAGUGUACCCCUAAUCAGGAAAGUAUGCCUACUUAUACUUAUGUGCCUCCCAAACCCCUCUUUGGUCCAAAUACUAGUAACCAAAACAGUCAGUUUGUUCAUCAUCAAGAGAGCAUGUCUAGUUAUAAGUACAUACCCCCCAAGCCUCUUUUUGGCCCAAACAGUAAAAAUGAAAACUAUAAAACCCCAAAUUGUGGGAGCAGUCCUAGUUACAGCUAUCCACAACCUCCACAACCUUCUUUUGUUCAAAACAACAAUCAAAACUUGCAAUAUAAUUACCCAUAUUAUAGAAGCAUGCCAAACAGUAAUAAUCAAAACUUAUCAUAUUACAACCCAUAUUGCUCCAAUGCACCUCUCCCUCCACAUCCAUCAAUGCCUUUAAUGAAUUCACCAUUUGGGUUUCCUAAUGUAUAUACCGCAAAUAACGUGUAUUCAUAUCAAAAUUACUAUGCAAAUAUGUCUACAAAUGCAUAUGAUGAACAACACACAGUGCAUAGAAGUUAUUCUGAAUCAUCAAUCUCACAAAAUAAAAAUUCAAAACAAGGCUUCAAGAUAGUUGGAAAUAAUAUACAGAUUAUUUGUAGACAACAAUCUGAGCCUAAUCUUUCUAAAAGAAACGUCAAAAAUCGUAAAAAGCAAUCUAUUUUAUCCCUCAGGCAAUGGGAGUCAAGAACUGGUAACAUGACUAGUAACAAACCUGGUUUUCAAUUUACCUUGAUGAGUUACAAUGUCUUGGCACAGGACCUCAUCUUGAAUCAUGCAUAUUUAUAUAAUAACCAUGACCAAAAAUCCUUACCAUGGGAAACUAGAUGGAAUAAAUUGAUGAAUGAAAUUAAAACUAUUGAUCCAGAUAUUUUAUGUCUUCAAGAAGUACAAAAGACCCAUUUAGAUUAUUACAAAGCAUUAGAGACUUUAGGCUAUCAAAGCUUAUACAAGAAGAGAACCAGUGAUGAAUAUAGUGAUGGUUGUGCAAUCUUUUUUAAAUCUGACAAAAUUGUGUUAUCAGAAUACAUUACUGUGGAGUUCAAACAAACUGGUCCGCUUCUAAACCGCAACAAUGUGGCAAUAAUCACCAAGUUGGCACCAAAAGAUAAUAUUGAACAGGAAUUCGUGGUUGCUACCACGCAUUUGUUGUACAAUCCGAAACGGGAAGAUGUACGACUUGCUCAAGUUCAGCUUUUGUUAGCGGAAAUUGACAGAAUAGCAUUUAAAGCACUCGUCAAUGGAAAACAUACGUACCUGCCGACCAUAAUAACUGGGGACUUCAAUACUCCACCGCAAUCAUUUGUGUACAGUUUUAUAACAGAGGGUAAUCUCAAUUUAAAAGCUACGAUGACACAAGACUACAGGCGAAGCAUAUUACCAGCAGCCCUUAAAAUUACAAACAACUCACAACAUAAUAUUAUUGUAAAAUUAAGACAAACGUUGGCGAAUGUAACCCGACGUGAAGAAGAAAACAUGAUAGAAAUUGGCAAUAGUGACGUAGAAUAUAUCAAGACGGUGCCUAACGUGACGAAUGAUUUUGAUUCGUUUUCGAAUGGCGAAAUCACACAUAAUUUUCCAUUUCAAUCUGUGUAUAAACCUCGAGAGAAAGGUGCUACGACAAACCAAAAUAAGUGGCUAAUGGUCGAUUAUAUAUUUUACAGUGGCCAAAGACGAAAUAAAAUUGUUGAAGAGGACAAGCUAAAACUACUGAUGACGUUUAAAUUACCAACAAAAAAGGAAUUGGGAAAUAUGCUAAUUCCAAAUCAUGAGUUGGGAUCUGACCAUCUGUCUUUGGCAGCAAAAUUCAAAUUGGAAUUUUAAAUUCUAUGUUCAUAUAUUUGUAAUAUACACAAAAAAUUAUAAAAGUUUAUGUUAUUGUUUAAUUAAUAAAGUAUUUUUUAUUCCGUU